CCGCGCAUUCUUCCUGCUUGCUUGGCGGUUCCCCAUGUCUGUCAAAGUUGAUCGCUGUGGGCGGGGCCAGGCGAAGACAUCAACCAAAGUGAAGGAAACGAGGAAAGAAGAAGAAGAAGAAGAAAGUGAAUGAAGCAGGAGGGAACAGGAACAGGGAGGCGGGACGAUCCGAGCAUUCACGGAGGAGAACAGCAUUUGACUUCCCACGAUGGAGGCAGAAGCAGAUUCAGCUACAGAAAUGAAUGGACAAGAAGAAGUGGACAGCGAUAGAGAAGAUAGUGCCAGCCAGUCGGACUCUGAGGAGGAGAGUUCUGAUAUGGAUGAUCUAGAUUGUGAACGUCGAAGAAAUGAAUGUUUAGAUGAGAUGUGUCAUCUAGAAAAGCAGUUCUCAGAACUAAAAGAAAAGUUAUUUAAGGAACGAUUAAACCAGCUAAAAGCCAAAUUGGAGGAGGUGACCUCCGGUAAAGCCUUGGAGUACAUUAGCCCUCUAGCAGACUUGCAGAAGAACAUGAAAAUCCGCAUUGAAGUUGCAGGUAUCUAUAAGGGAUUUUGUCUGGAUGUCAUAAAAAAUCGAUAUGAAUGUGAACUGCAAGGUGCUAAGCAACAUUUAGAGAGUGAGAAGGUUCUCCUGUUUGAUAACAUGCAGUGUGAACUUCUAGAGCGUAUCCAAAGGCUGGAGGAGGAUCGCCAGAGCAUAGACAUUUCAUCUGAGUGGUGGGACGAAGAGUUAAGAUCAAAAAGAAGCCGCAGAAAGUGGGAUCCAUUCCGAUCUGAGAAGAAGAGAAGGGUCCCGUUAGUUUCUGGUCCCUAUAUUGUCUACAUGUUGCGGGAUCUAGAUAUCCUAGAGGACUGGACUGCUAUUAAGAAGGCCAAAGCAGCGGUUUCUCCCCAGAAAAGGAAAUCGGACGGGGGAAAAGUUGAGAAGCAACAUUUCAGUGCUCGUUGUGAAGAUGGCUGCCUCUACUAUGAAGGAGAGAGCUUUACUAAAGGAGAAGCCAUUAUUCUUGACGUGAAAGAUGAACCACCCUCACAGGCCGUGAUCACAGCAGUGAGUACAGGAGAAGUUUGGCUGAGACGAGGAGACAGCAGCAAAACGAAGAUCUAUGUUUCGCAACUGCAGAAAGGCAAAUACUCAGUGAGAAGGGCUGGAAAAUGAACGCAGCCUUACUUAUCCUCCAGUGCAUCUAUAAGGAGAUCCUCUACAACAUGGUGGUGGCUAUUAGCAUAGAACUUUAUAUGUGCAGAGAAAGAGUGCCGUGUCUAUGUUGGAAAUGAAUUCAGCUGAGUGUGUAUUGGAUGGUGUGUAUGGUAUGUACGGUCUAGAAAUGAAAUACAUAGAGCUUUAGCUAAAUCCAGUAGUGAAUGAGCUGAAGCUUUUUUAGAAAUAGUAUAUAAAUAUUUUCCUAUAUUUACAUUUUUGCACAACUUAAAUAUGUAUUUUUAUAUCCAUUAAAUUUGUAGACAAUAAAGGAAUGUGGUGCUGA